AUGGGUCGUCCCAGCUCCUGGGUCGUCCUAGCCCCGGGGUCGUCCCAGCUCCUGGGUUGUCCCAGCUCCUGGGUCGUCCCAGUUCCUGGGUCAUCCCAGCUUCUUGGUCGCCCUAGCUCCGGAGUCGUCCCAGCUUCUGGGUUGUCCGAGUUCCAGGGUCGUCCCAGCGCCUGGGUCGUCCCAGCUCCUGGGUCGUCCCAGCUCCUGGGUAGUCCCAGCUUCUGGGUCGUCCCAGCUCCUGGGCCGUCCCAGCUUCUUGGUCGUCUCAGCACAUGGGUCGUCCCAGCUCCGGGGUUGUCUCAGCGCCUGGGUCGUUUCAGCACAUGGGUCGUCCCAGCUCCUGGUACGUUCCAGCGCCUGGGUCGUCCCAGCACAUGGGUCGUCCCAGCACAUGGGUCGUCCCAGCACAUGGGUCGUCCCAGCUCCUAUGUCGUCCUAGCUCCUGGGUCUUCCCAGCUCCGGGGUCGUCACAGUUACGGGGUCGUUACAGCUACGGGGUCGUCCCAGCUCCUGGGUCGUCCCAGUUCCUGGGUCGUCCCAGCUCCUUUGUCGUCCCAGCUCCUGGGUCGUCCCAGCUCCUGGGUCGUCCCAGCUCCUUUGUCGUCCCAGCUCCUGGGUCGUCCCAGCUCCUGGGUCGUCCCAGCUCCUGGGUCGUCCCAGCUCCUGGGUCGUCCCAGCUCCUGGGUCAUCCCAGCUCCUGGGUCGUCCCAGCACAUGGUUCGUCCCAGCUCCUGGGUCGACCCAGCGCCUGGGUCGUCUCAGCACAUGGAUCGUCCCAGUGCCUGGGUCGUCCCAUCACAUGGGUCGUCCCAGUGCCGGGGUCUUCCCAGUGACCAGGGUCGUCCCUGCUCCUGGGUCGACCCAGUGCCUGGGUCGUCUCAGCACAUGGGUCGUCCCAGUGCCUGGGUCGUCCCAUCACAUGGGUCGUCCCAGUGUCGGGGUCGUCCCAGCACUUGGGUCGUCACUGCUCCUGGGUCGACCCAGCGCCUGGGUCGUCUCAGCACUUGGGUCGUCCCAGCACAUGGGUCGUCCCAGUGCUGGGUCAUCCCAGCUCCUGGGUCGUCUCAGCUCCUGGGUGGUCCCAGAGCCUGGGUCGUCUCAGCUCAUGGGUCGUCCCAGGCAUAG